AUGGCGCCAACGUACAUAAAGGUCCCGCCGAGGGAUCCAGACGCCGGGCAAGCAACGCUGGGCGUCCCCACACCACACAUGGCUACAACCACCCUCAAAGUCGGUGGCAUGACAUGCGGCGCAUGCACUUCGGCCGUUGAAGCGGGCUUCAAGGGCGUGGAUGGCGUCGGUAAUGUGUCUGUGAGUCUCGUCAUGGAACGCGCCGUCGUUAUGCACGACCCGGCGCGCAUCACUGCAGAGAAAGUCCGCGAAAUUAUCGAAGACCGUGGUUUCGACGCAGAGAUCCUUGCCACCGAUCUUCCUUCUCCUCGCAUCCGCGACUCCGACGACGACGACCUAUUUGAUGUGGAGGACGAGACCGCCGGUGCCAACACCCAGCAGACCACCGUAGCUGUCGAGGGCAUGACAUGUGGCGCCUGCACAUCUGCCAUUGAAGGUGGGUUCAAAGACGUCGAGGGCGUCAAGAACUUCAGCAUCUCUCUCAUGUCCGAGCGCGCCGUGAUUGAACACGAUCCCACUGUCCUCGCUGCCGACAAGAUUAUCGAGCUGAUCGAGGACCGCGGCUUCGGCGCAUCCUUGGUCGAAACCAAGGAGCUGAAACCCGAGCGGCAACGAGCCGGAAACAGCCGGUCCGGCCGUGGCCGCCAAGGCCCAGAGCACAUGACCACGACGGUAGCGAUCGAGGGCAUGACCUGUGGCGCAUGCACCUCGGCUGUCGAAGGCCUCUUCAAAAACGCCGACGGUGUCCUUCGCUUCAACAUCAGCCUGCUGGCUGAACGCGCCGUCCUCACACACGACCCGACUAAGCUUUCCUCAGAAAAGAUUGUGGAGAAGAUUGAAGACGGUGGCUUUGGCGCCUCCAUUGUCUCAUCUGUAGCCGAGAGCUCAGACAACAGCCAUGGCUACACUAGCUCGUCAUUGAAGGUGUAUGGUGACCCCAGCGCCGCCGAGGCUCGGGCUCUCGAGGAGAAACUGUCUGGGCUGCCCGGUGUGCAGUCGGUGCGUCUCAAUGUUGCCACGUCCCAGCUCACUGUGUCCCACCAGUCAGCUGUCACCGGCCUUCGUGCAAUCGUGGAGGCGGUGGAAGAGGCUGGCUACAAUGCGCUUGUCGCAGACAAUGACGACAACAACGCGCAGCUCGAGUCGCUCGCCAAGACCCGUGAGAUCAACGAGUGGCGCCGCGCACUCAAGGUGUCCCUCACCUUUGCCAUUCCCGUGUUUAUUAUUGGCAUGAUCCUCCCCAUGUGUGCGCCCGCCAUCGACUUUGGCGCCUUCCAGAUUCUGCCCGGCCUCUUCCUCGGCGACAUUGUCUGCCUGGCCUUGACCAUCCCGGUGCAGUUUGGCAUCGGCAAGCGCUUCUACACGUCGGCCUGGAAAUCUGUGAAGCACCGUUCGCCCACCAUGGACGUCCUCGUCGUGCUCGGCACCUCUUGUGCCUUCGCCUUCAGUAUCGUGGCUAUGCUUGUUUCUUUCUUGAUCGAGCCCCACAGUCGUCCGAGCACCAUCUUCGACACGAGCACGAUGCUUAUCACCUUUAUCAGCUUGGGCCGUUUCCUCGAGAACCGCGCCAAGGGCCAGACCUCCAAAGCCCUCUCGCGCCUCAUGUCCUUGGCCCCGUCUAUGGCUACUAUUUACGCCGAUCCCAUAGCCGCCGAGAAGGCCGCGGAGAGUUGGGACACGGUCGCCGGUUCGGGCGAGCCUAAGACGCCGCUCGUGGAUGGUAACGCUGCCGAGGAGAAGGUUAUCCCCACCGAGCUGAUCCAGGUUGGCGACGUCGUCAUCCUCCGCCCUGGCGACAAGAUUCCUGCCGAUGGUGUUAUGGUCCGCGGCGAGACGUACAUUGAUGAGAGCAUGAUUACCGGCGAGGCGAUGCCGGUGCAGAAGCGCAAGGGCAGUUUCUUAAUUGGUGGCACUGUCAACGGCCACGGGCGGGUCGACUUCCGUGUCACGCGCGCCGGCCGCGACACUCAGCUCAGCCAAAUUGUCAAGCUCGUGCAGGAUGCGCAGACCACGCGCGCCCCCAUUCAGCGCGUGGCCGACACGCUCGCCGGCUACUUCGUGCCAACUAUUCUCGUUCUUGGUUUCUUGACCUUUGUGGUCUGGAUGAUCCUGAGCCACGUCCUGCCCAACCCGCCCAACAUCUUCUUGAAGGAGGAGAGCGGCGGCAAGAUUUUUGUGUGUGUCAAGCUUUGCAUCUCGGUCAUCGUGUUUGCCUGCCCGUGCGCGCUGGGUCUCGCGACACCGACAGCGGUCAUGGUCGGCACCGGCGUUGGCGCGGAGAACGGCAUUCUCGUCAAGGGCGGUGCAGCGCUCGAGACGGCCACGAAGAUCACACAGGUCGUCCUUGACAAGACAGGCACCAUUACCUACGGCAAGAUGAGCGUCGCGAGCGUCACGCUGGCGUCCACGUGGAAGGACAAUGAGUGGCGCCGGCGCCUCUGGUGGACAAUUGUUGGUCUCUCGGAGAUGGGCAGCGAGCACCCGAUCGGCCGUGCGGUUCUGGGCGCCGCGCGCACCGAACUGGGCCUGGACUCUGAGGGGGCCAUUGACGGCAGCGUCGGCGACUUUAAGGCGUUGGUCGGUCGCGGUAUCAGCGCCACGAUCGAGCCGGCCACGUCCGCCGAGCGCACACGCUACCGCAUUCUUGUUGGCAAUGUUAAGUUCUUGCAGGAGAACGACGUCACGGUGCCCCAGUCGGCCAUCAACGCCUCGGAAGAGUUCAACACACAGGCUGCGUCGGCGACCAAGUCGUCGUCCAAGUCUGCGUCUGCCGGCACCACCAACAUCUUUAUCGCCAUCGACGGCCAGUUCGCUGGCCACCUGUGCCUGGCGGACACGAUCAAGGACGGCGCCGCGGCGGCCUUCUCGGUGCUGCACCGCAUGGGCAUCAAGACGGCCAUGGUGACGGGCGACCAGCGGUCGACGGCCGUGGCGGUGGCCAAGGCGGUGGGUAUCUCGGCCGACAAUGUGUACGCCGGCGUGUCGCCCGACCAGAAGCAGGCCAUUAUUACACAGUUGCAGGCGGCCGGCGAGGUCGUGGCCAUGGUCGGCGACGGCAUCAACGAUUCGCCCGCGCUUGCCACGGCCGAUGUGGGCAUUGCCAUGUCCUCUGGCACAGACGUCGCCAUGGAAGCCGCCGAUGUCGUGCUGAUGCGCCCCAACAACCUCAUGGACAUCCCUUCGUCGCUCCACCUGGCCCGCUACAUCUUUGGGCGCAUCAAGCUCAACCUGGCCUGGGCCUGUCUCUACAACGUGGUGGGUUUGCCGUUCGCCAUGGGCAUCUUCCUGCCGCUCGGCCUGCACCUGCACCCGCUCGCGGCUGGCGCAGCCAUGGCGCUGUCGAGCGUCAGCGUCGUUGUCAGCAGUCUGCUGCUCAAGUUCUGGAAGCGACCUGCCUACAUGGACGAGUCACUCUACGACGAGCGCGGCGUGCUCAAGCGCAGCAUGGGCUGGCGCUGGCGCCUCGAGGGCAUCACAUCGCGCGCGCGCGACGGUCUCGAGGAUGGCUACCACUUGGUCACUGGCAAGCGGUGGUCGAACGGCGAGUCCGCAGGCUACGUCCCGCUGGCAAACCUAGACCAUGCGGAGGUGUAA